AUUCCAUCUCCAAACAUUCUCUUUCCCGUCGUCAGUUGACAUCGAGAAAAAAGAGUUCCAUUUUCUUUCUCAGUACCCAAACAGCUAUCUUUUGCCCGUGUCAAAGCCACAAUGAGCGAAACCGCCAGCUCAAUCAUCUCAAAUUCCGAACCCAACCUCAAGCGCCAACCUGAAGUCGACGACGAAACCUCUGAUUCGGCGGCAAAGAAACCCAAAACUGAAACUCCGGUUCAAGAAGAAACAGAGAAAGAAGAAGUGAAAGAGAAGUCAUUGGAGAUAGAAGCUUCUGUAGCAGAGGAUAAAGGGUCCAGGCAUACCAUGGAGGAUGCCUGGGUUAUCAUGCUCGAUGCUACCUUGAAUUCUCCUGGAAAAUUAAGGUGUGGGCAUUUUGCGAUAUACGACGGGCACGGGGGGCGGUUAGCGGCGGAGUAUGCUCAAAAUCAUUUGCACGCUAAUGUCGUUUCUUCUGGCUUACCACGUGAGUUGUUAGAUGUGAAAGCUGCCAAAAAGGCUAUUCUUGAUGGUUUCCGGAAGACUGAUGAGGCUUUACUUCAAGAAAGUUCUUCAGGGGGAUGGCAAGAUGGUGCUACAGCUGUAUGCCUGUGGGUGAUUGAAAAAACGGUUUUUGUUGCAAACAUUGGGGAUGCAAAAGCAGUAGUGGCACGAUCUGCUGAUGGUUCAGAUAAAGCAAGUCCAUUGAAGGCCAUUGUCUUGACCAGGGAGCAUAAAGCCAUAUAUCCACAGGAACGUGCUCGCAUUCAGAAGGCUGGUGGUACUGUGAGUUCAAAUGGACGAUUGCAGGGGCGCCUUGAAGUGUCUCGGGCAUUUGGAGAUCGCCAAUUCAAAAAGGUUGGUGUUGUUGCUACUCCAGAUAUUCAUUCUUUUGACCUAACAGAUAGAGAACACUUCAUUAUUCUUGGUUGUGAUGGCCUCUGGGGGGUAUUUGGAGCAAGUGAUGCUGUUGAAUUUGUUCAGAAGUUACUGAAGGAGGGUUUACCUGUUACAGCUGUCAGUCGCCGUCUUGUAAGGGAAGCUGUUCGUGAGAGACGUUGUAAAGAUAACUGCACUGCAAUUGUUAUUUUUUUCAGGCACAAGUGAUUCUAGUAUUAACAAUCAUAGCUUCCAGGCUUGCUUUCUUGCUCUUGGGUGCCAAUUUUGAAGAGGUUUAUUUCUUCUUUGAUUGCACAAUCUGCAAAAGGAAUGCCCAUUAGCUGAUACUAUGCCGAAUCAUUCAGUUUUGCUUUUCAUGUUAGCUGAAUUAUGACUUUUUGGCAGGUUGUUUUGGCUAGUUAGGCACUCAGCGCCAAUGGUAAAAAUUGUAUCAAAUGUUUAUGAAAGCUGUUUGACUUGUGUUCCUUUCUGUAACAAGUUGCCGGGCAUUUAGAUAAGAUAACUCAUGGUUGUAAGUUGUACCCUUGAAUUCUGGAGAUGGAUGUCUACUGCUUGUUUUACAAGCAAAAACAUUUAGUAAAUCAGUGCUUGUUGGCAGUCAUUUUUCAA